AUGCUGCCUCGUCGCAGUAUACUUCAGACUGCGAUUCGACCACAAUGGACACGUCGAACCUCACCGAGCUGCAGCGCGCACGGUCGUCGUCGUCGUCGUCUACUAAUGACGCUUGCUGUAGAAACAUCCUGCGAUGAUACCUCGGUCGCCAUCGUGGAAAAGGGCGUGCACGACGGCAACACCGUCGCGAGACUGCAUUUUCACAAGAAAGUCACAUCGAACAACACCGAGUUCCAGGGUGUGCAUCCACUCUUGACGCUCAAAUCCCACCAGGAGAACCUAGCGCAGCUGAUAGCAGAGGCAAUCGAGCAUCUGCCAAACCAUGGAGGAGGCCGUAGACUGCCAGACUUUGUGUCUGUGACUCGAGGCCCUGGCAUGCGCUCGAAUCUAUUCACUGGACUGGACACAGCCAAAGGCCUGGCAGUGGCCUGGGAGAAACCGCUUGUCGGCGUACACCACAUGCAAGCCCACGCUCUAACGCCCCGCCUCGUCGCCGCCCUCGAAGCCUGCAAUGCCACCCUUGGCGAAGCAGACCCAAGUCGAAAGCCUCUUGUCAAUGGGAACGGUGCGCUGACACCAACAUUCCCCGUCCUCUCGGUCCUAGCCUCUGGCGGACACACCAUACUCAUCAACUCGACCUCCCUCACCGACCACAGCAUACUCGGCAGCACAGACGACAUCGCGGUGGGCGAAUGCCUAGACAAGGUCGCACGCGUAGUCCUCCCUCCGGAAGAGCUCCAACACGCAAAGAGCACCAUGUACGGCGCCCUCCUCGAGACCUUCGCCUUCCCACCGCGCGCCUACAGCUCCAUCCCGCCCGGGUCAAGAGGCGCGCAAUCCAAGCUCGCCGCACAAACUUACCUGGACGAACACGGCUACGUACACGACUGGUACACGCCCCCCACCAACAACGAAGUAGCCAUCUCACGCAGCAAAACUAAAUGGGGAUGGAGCAUAAACCAGCCCCUGACCAAGACAGGCGGCGGCAACAAGAUCAACACCAUGGGCAUGAGUUUCUCAGGCCUGAUGACUGCUGUGGAGCGCCUUGUACGCUACCCCACGGAUCCAGCGACAGGGAAACUGGCCAAGCAGCCGCGGACCCCUGAAGAAGUCAGUCUUGAAGAGCGGCGAGAUAUAGCACUGGGAGUCAUGCGCGCAGCAUUCGAGCACAUCGCGUCCCGCGUCGUGCUCGCCUUGCAAUCCCCCACCCCAACCGCCUCAACCGUCGACAGCACGAAUAAGAAGCCAGCGGUCGUCAUGGCCGGCGGCGUCGCCUCAAACGCGUUCCUCAGACACGUCCUUGCUAGCACGCUGUGUGCGCAUGGAUUUGGGGAAGUGGAGUUGUUCUUCCCGCCGCCGAAGUACUGCACGGACAAUGCGGCCAUGAUUGGCUGGACGGGGAUUGAGAUGUUUGAGGCUGGGUAUACGGAUCAGUUGGGUAUUCGGGCGAUACGGAAGUGGCCGCUGGAUGAGCUGCUGUCGCCGGUGGAUGACGGGAAGAUGUGA